UUGGUGGAUGGUCGGCCGGGACGACAGGAGAGAAACUCCAGGAAAACGGACGGAGCUCGCGCACGAUGUAACGGGAAAGGUUACAUGUUUUAGUUAAGAGGAAACUUUGCAUGGACAUAAGGAAUAUUUCGGAAUAACUUGUUAUUUCUAACAGAAAAGCUGGGUCUAUAAGGAAAUAUCCAGCAUUUUAUUCCUCUAUUUGAAGCGACAGGGUAUUUUUUAAAUAGUUUUUGACCUUACUAAAACAUGACUGAAUUACAAUUUGACGAAUGAAAAUGCGAAUUGAGCACACAGCUGUCCACUGAGGAGAGGAGGGGCUCAGAGAAGCUCGCCAAUGCAUACCUCUUGUCGGCACUUCAAAGCAAGUUAUUAAAACGUUUUUCUUUCGCGAGCUUCAAUUCGAAAAUAAGGUAUCAACAUGGCAGAGCACGAGAGCCUGGAGUUUGGAAAAGCAGAUUUUGUGCUUUUGGACAACGUGUCUCUGGAAGAAUUCAUGACUAACUUAAAACUCAGGUUUGAGAAGGGGAGGAUCUACACCUACAUCGGGGAGGUGGUGGUGUCCGUCAACCCUUACCGUGCCAUGAACAUCUACGGCCGCGACAUGGUGGAGCAGUAUAAGGGCCGCGAGCUGUACGAGAGGCCCCCCCACCUGUUCGCCAUCGCUGACGCUGCUUACAAGGCCAUGAAGAGGAGGAACAAAGACACUUGUAUUGUCAUCUCAGGGGAAAGUGGAGCCGGAAAGACAGAAGCCAGCAAGUACAUAAUGCAAUACAUUGCUGCUAUCACCAAUCCCAAUCAGAGGGCUGAAGUUGAAAGGGUGAAAAACAUGCUGCUUAAAUCCAACUGUGUCUUGGAGGCCUUCGGGAACGCCAAGACCAGCCGCAACGACAACUCCAGCCGCUUCGGCAAAUACAUGGACAUCAACUUCGACUUCAAGGGAGACCCCAUCGGAGGCCACAUCAACAACUACCUUCUGGAAAAGUCCAGGGUCAUUUUCCAACAGGAAGGAGAGAGGAGCUUUCAUUCAUUCUACCAGCUGCUCAAAGGAGCUCCAGAUUCCCUGUUACGUUCUAUUCACAUCAAAAAGGACGCGACAGCCUACAACUACAUCAAAGUUGGAGGCCAAAUCAAGUCUUCUAUCAAUGAUGGCGCUGAUUUCAAAGCUGUGGCUGAUGCCAUGAAAGUGAUCGGUUUCACAGGGGAUGAGAUUCAGACUGUUUACAAGAUCCUGGCCACCAUCCUACAUCUGGGCAACCUGACAUUCGGGGUGGACGGAGAUGUGACUUUGAUAGAGAACACAAAGCUGGUGGCUGUGUUUAGCGACCUGCUGUCCACCAAAGAAGAAAACGUGGAGAAGGCCAUGCUCUACCGUACCGUGGCCACGGGCCGGGACGUCAUUGAGAAGCAGCACACGAUGCAGGAGGCCAGCUACGGACGGGACGCUUUAGCCAAGGCCAUGUACGAGCGACUGUUCUGCUGGAUAGUGGGACGAAUCAAUGACAUCAUCGAGGUGAAAAACUACGACGCCAGAGUCCACGGGAAGAACACCGUCAUCGGGGUGCUGGACAUCUACGGGUUUGAGAUUUUCCAGAACAACAGCUUUGAACAGUUCUGCAUCAACUACUGUAAUGAAAAGCUGCAGCAACUGUUCAUCCAGCUGGUGCUAAAGCAGGAACAGGAAGAGUAUCAACGAGAAGGCAUCCCAUGGAAACAUAUUGAUUACUUCAAUAAUCAGAUCAUAGUGGACUUGGUGGAGCAGCAGCAUAAGGGCAUCUUCUCUGUGCUGGACGAGGCCUGUAUGAAUGUGGGCAAAGUCACAGACGAGGUUUUCCUCCAGGGACUCAACGGCAAGCUGGCCAAACACGCCCACUACACCAGCCGCAAGCUCUCACCCACGGACAAGAGUCUGGAGUUUGACCGCGACUUCCGCAUCCGCCAUUACGCAGGAGAUGUGGUGUACUCAGUGGUGGGCUUCAUUGAUAAGAACAAAGACACUCUGUUCCAGGAUUUCAAGAGGCUGCUGUACAACAGUUCUAACCCAGUACUGAAGGGCAUGUGGCCUGAAGGCAAACUGAGAAUCAAUGAGGUCACCAAACGGCCACUAACUGCUGCAACGCUCUUCAAAAACUCCAUGAUCAUGUUGGUGGAGAACCUGGCCUGCAAGGAACCCUACUAUGUGCGCUGCAUCAAGCCCAACGAGGUGAAGUCGCCGCUCCUGUUCGAGCAGGAGCGCUGCCGCCACCAGGUGGAGUACCUCGGGCUGCUGGAGAACGUCAGAGUGCGGCGUGCCGGCUUCGCCUACAGACAGACCUACCCUCGCUUCCUACAGAGAUACAAGAUGAUCUCAGAGUUUACGUGGCCAAACCAUGACUUGCCCUCCGACAAAGAGGCCGUGAAGAAGCUCAUGCAGGGGUGUGGAUUCGACCACGACGCGGCCUACGGCAAAACCAAGGUCUUCAUCCGCACUCCACGUACGCUCUUCAGCCUGGAGGAGCAGCGUGUGGAAAUGGUCCAGAGGAUCGUCCUCUUCCUCCAGAAGGUGUGGAGGGGCACCAUAGCCAGGAUGCGGUACCGGCGAAUGAGAGCGGCCCUCGUCAUCCUGCGGGCGUACCGACGCUACAAGGUGAAGUCGUACAUCCGUGAGGUCAACCGGCGCUUCAAAAAUGUCCGAUCCAUGAAGGAUCAUGGCAGGCACGUGAAGUGGCCAACGCCCCCCAAAGUCCUGCGCAAGUUUGAAGAGGCCCUUAGGAGCAUCUAUAACAGGUGGUGGGCAUGGACCCUGAUCAAAGGCCUUUCUCCAGAAGAGACCCUGCAGGUGAGGGCUAAGGUAGCCAGUCUGGAGGCCCUGAAGGGACACAGGGCCGACCUGGGGCUACAGAGAGCCUGGGAAGGAAACUACCUGAAGCGAGACAGCCCUGACAUCGCCUCAUCCUUCACACUGGUUUCAAGCGAGCUGCAGCGGAAAGACAAAUUCAUGAGAGUGUUGUUCUCCUGCAACGUGCGCAAGAUCAACCGUUUCCACAAGGCGGAGGACCGGGCUGUGCUCCUCACUGACCGCCACCUGUACAAGAUGGACCCCCUGAAGCAGUACAAGCCCAUGAAGAGCAUCCCCCUCUACAACGUGACCGGGGUGAGCGUGUCCCCUGGGAAGGACCAGCUGGUGGUGUUCCACACUAAGGACAGCAGGGACCUGGUGGUGUGCCUGCAGGGCAUGGUGCCCUCCAAUGAGAGCCGCAUCGGGGAGCUGGUUGGCACCCUACUUAGCCACUUCAAGAGUGAGAAGAGGAAGCUGCAGGUGAACAUCACAAGUCCCAUCCAGUGCAGCAUGAACGGGAGGAAGUGCACGGUCAUCGUCGAGCCCAAGAUCAACCAAUCACAGCCAGACUUCACCAAGAGCAGAUCGGGUUACAUCCUGGCUGUUCCUGGCAACUAAAACAAAUGGGCCAAAUGAAAACCGUGACAGCUGAUUUCAGAAGCAGGCCAUGAUGAUGAUGAUGAUGAUGAUGAAGAUGAUUCAGCUCUGAUUCACUUCUUUUGUGUCACCAGCAUCUGAUUGUGUGACGAUUUAGAUAGCUCUGUAGGAGGGUUGUGGUAAUUAAAUCCUCCGUAUGCAAAGCCAUGCCAAAUUUGACCUGUUUCGUAGACUUUUAUGCAAUGUUACUAUGAACAGGAAGUGUGCUUUAUGCCUCCAUGCAAGAUACACAGGUUUUUAUAAAAUGCACUACAGGAUAAUCCACCAAAGUGGUGUUCUUUCUUUUUGAAAAUCCAAAUUUCAUAUGAUUUGCUUUGUGCAAUAUUUACUUUAUCGUAGUAGUUAAGAUGAGAGGAGAUGAGUGGGGGGGAAAUCGAAAAAGGCUCUACAGGAAUGUAUACUUGGGGCAGCUCCCUGGGUAGUACAAAUCUAAACCGGAAGUAAGAUGAUAUUUAUGUAUGACUGAUUCUUCAUGAACUUGAUUGAUUAUGCUAAAGUAGAAGAAAAAACCCUUUUUGUGGUAUUCUAGGGAAUAUUAAUGAAGACUUACCUACCUGCUAAAUGAAAGGAAAUGCAGCGUCCACUUUGAGUUAUGAAAUGUUUACAAUCACGUGAGAACAGCGACGUGUGGUUCAGUGGUUCAGUCCGUGUCUGAGGCACCGACUCUAAACUCAUCGUAGACGCUGAGCAGGAUGUGUUGAGCAUGUCCUGAUUAACCUGCUAUGCAAAGUGUUAAAAAAUCUAUUAAUUUAAAUCCUGCUUUGUAUACUCUCUACUGCAAUAUGUACUUUUAUAAUCCUCUAAUACUGCUUAUAUAUUAAAGAUAGAAUAUACCUUU